UACGUCUCCCUCUGUAUCUUUCGUCGUAUAAUUAGUGGAUUAUCUCAGAGUCAGACGAGACAUUAUGUUCAUUGUGAGGGUGAGAACUGUUGGUUUGCAGACACACGGGCGACCGCUGAGCCACUAGCUGGUAAUGUAUUUCUCGCAGCAUGUGUUGUAUUUUCGUGUAUAAGCUGCGGAUGUGUCACUAUCGGCGCACAGAGCCUUUGGUGUUUCCGAGUGUUGUCAACCGCAUGACAGCGGACUAUUUGAAGCCUUCACCCCCAACGUGAAAUAAAAAGCUCAGUCUCUCAGCGAAGUUUGCAGCAAUGGCUUCGGCGCUGAGUUGCUUCAGUGGUCCCGAGGUGCUAGAGGACGUGAAUCACGCCCCGGGUUUGAUGAGGGAACUGAAAUUACUCUACGACUGUCGGCUUCUUGGGGACGUUACUAUCGGGGUGGAGAGUGAUGAGGAGUCGCUGGAGCCCGGCGGAGAGUCCACCAGAAGUGACAUUGACCGGCUGUUUCUAUGCAGCCGCAACGUCCUCGCCUCCGCCAGCCCCUACUUCAAAAGCAUGUUCACCGGGGGGCUGAAUGAGAGCAUGCAGGAUAGGGUGGUCAUCCGCGGGGUGGACGCUGAGUCCAUGUCGGUCAUCAUCGACUAUUGUUACACAGGCAGGGUGACCAUCACGGAGAACAACGUGCAGAGGCUGUACGCUGCGUCAAAUAUGCUGCAGCUGGAGUACAUCAGGAAAGCCUGCUCCAGCUUCAUGACAAGGAGGCUGGACCUCUCCAACUGUGUGGGGAUUUUGAAAUUUGCAGAUACGUAUGACAACCCUGAGCUGAAGGAGAAUGCACGAGCCUUCAUAGCCAGGAACUUCAGCCAGCUGUGUAAUGGAGGGGAGCUUUGUGAGUUGGAUUUGAUGCAGCUGAAGGAGUUGCUGUCUCUGGACACUUUGGACGUGGACUGUGAGAGGAAGGUGUGCUCUGCUGCUUUACAGUGGAUAGAAGCGAAUGCACUGCAAAAAAAGGACUCAGAGGAUGCAUUACACGCAUUGAAGUGUGUUCGGUGGAACUUGUUUACUGAGAAGGACAAGUGUUACCUGGAAGGGCUCAUGACCAGGCCUUUAAUUGAGAAAUACCUUGAGUCCUUCUUCAACAGGUCUACGGAAGACGGCUGUAGCAUGUCUGCAGCUGUGGACGUACCAAAACACAGAAUAGGAGUGAGUGCUAAAGAAAUGAUUCUCUUCUUUGGCCUACCUAAUGACAACAUAAUGUGCUGUGACCCUUACUCAGAGGACCUGUAUUUCAUGGCUCCUCCCCUUGAAGAUCUCAGUAGUCAGGACUACAAGCGCUCCACCAUGGAGUCCUUAAUUGCCUGUGCCACCCCUGAAAACAACCUGUAUCUAGCCUCCCACCUUUCAAAACAUUUCUGGCUGUAUAACCCUGUGCUCAACAGCUGGCAGGAGCUGGCAGAGAGGCCACUGGGGAGGAUACACUCUGGGAUGGGCUACCUCAAUGGCCACGUGUAUCUCCUGGGAGGAAGGAACCCAGUGACGGACACCAGACUAAAGGAGGUCGAGUGUUACAGCGUCCAGAGGAACCAGUGGACGUUCGUGGCUCCUCUGCCUCAUUCUUUAGGUAAAAUGCAGGUGGUGGCAUUGAACGACCAUCUUUAUGUGGUGAACAAAAGAAGAAUGCUUUGCUAUGACCCUAAGAGGAACCGCUGGCGGCACUGUGGCUCACUGAGACGAGACAAGCUUCACAAGGCCUGCGUUUUUCAGGACCAGAUCAUCUGUGUGUGUGACAUCCCUGUGGUAAAAGCCUAUAGUCCCACCAGAGGGGAAUGGAGGAGGCUGGGUGACAUUCCUAUUGACAGCCGUGCUCUUAAUUACCAGGUGAUACAGCACAACAACAAGUUGCUCCUGCUCACACAGACUCUGCUGCAGCACAACAAGAACAGGGUCCUCAUCCAUGAAUAUGACCCAGGCAGAGACACCUGGAAGAACGUCAUGGCAGUGUACGUGUCCACCCUGGGACCGGUGUGUGUUUCGACACGGGUGUACCCGGUGUGCCUCGGCUCUGCUCACAGCUUCUCUACAGAGGAGGAUGAUGACAGCGGCUCCAGUGCAGACUGGGACUUCGAUGGACUGACGGAUGCAGACUCUGACUCUGGCAGUUCUAGCUCGUUCUCAGAUGAAAACUGGUAGCAAAGUGUGCCACUGUGUCAAAGAACUAUUACAUUUAUUUAUAAUUUAAUGAAUUGUACAGGGUUCUAUCUGUCAGGAGAGAUCGCAGAUCUAUAUUCAAC